GGCGCCCCGGGCCGGCGAGGGGCGCGCCCGUGGCCGCGGCCGCUGCAUGGCGCUGAGAUGGCGGGGGCGCCGCGCGGCCAAGGCGGCGGCGGAGGCGCGGGCGAGCCCGGGGGCGCAGAGCGGGCGGCUGGGCCGGGCGGACGGCGCGGGCUCCGGGCGUGUGGCGAGGAGUUCGCGUGCCCCGAGCUGGAGGCGCUGUUCCGCGGCUACACGCUGCGGCUGGAGCAGGCGGCCACGCUGAAGGCGCUGGCGGUGCUUAGCCUGCUGGCGGGCUCCCUGGCGCUGGCUGAACUGCUGGGCGCGCCGGGUCCCGCGCCUGGCCUCGCCAAGGGGUCUCACCCCGUGCACUGCAUCCUCUUUCUGGCGCUGUUCGUGGUCACCAAUGUCCGAUCCCUGCAGGUGUCCCAGCUGCAGCAGGUCGGUCAGCUGGCGCUGUUCUUCAGCCUCACCUUCGCGCUACUCUGCUGCCCCUUCGCGCUGGGUGGCCCGGCGAGGGGUUCUGCGGGAGGCGCAGUGGGAGCCGCGGUUGCUGAGCAUGGGGUUUGGCAACUCCUUUUGAUCACCUUCGUAUCCUAUGCCUUGCUGCCCGUGCGCAGCCUACUGGUCAUCGGCUUCGGGCUUGUGGUGGCUGCCUCUCACUUACUGGUCACAGCCGCCUUGGUCCCUGCCAAGCGCCCACGUCUCUGGAGGACGCUCGGUGCCAAUGCCCUGCUCUUCGUGGGCGUGAACAUGUAUGGCGUCUUCGUGCGCAUCUUGACGGAGCGCUCACAGAGGAAGGCCUUUCUGCAGGCUCGAAGCUGCAUCGAGGACCGACUGCGGCUGGAGGAUGAGAACGAGAAGCAGGAGCGGCUGCUCAUGAGCCUCUUGCCCCGGAAUGUCGCCAUGGAGAUGAAGGAAGACUUCCUGAAGCCCCCUGAGAGGAUUUUCCACAAGAUUUACAUCCAGAGGCAUGACAACGUGAGCAUCCUGUUUGCAGACAUCGUGGGGUUCACAGGUCUGGCAUCCCAGUGCACGGCCCAGGAGCUGGUGAAACUGCUCAACGAACUCUUCGGCAAGUUCGACGAGUUAGCCACGGAAAACCACUGUCGCCGCAUCAAGAUCCUAGGGGACUGCUACUACUGUGUGUCGGGACUCACCCAGCCCAAGACUGACCACGCCCAUUGCUGUGUGGAGAUGGGACUUGACAUGAUCGAUACCAUCACAUCUGUGGCCGAGGCUACUGAAGUAGACCUGAACAUGCGUGUGGGGCUGCACACCGGCAGGGUGCUCUGUGGUGUCCUGGGCCUACGCAAGUGGCAGUAUGAUGUGUGGUCCAAUGACGUGACCCUAGCCAAUGUCAUGGAGGCUGCUGGCUUACCUGGGAAGGUUCACAUCACAAAGACGACCCUCGCAUGCCUGAAUGGGGACUACGAGGUAGAGCCAGGACAUGGCCACGAGAGGAACACCUUCCUGAGAACCCACAACAUCGAGACCUUCUUUAUUGUGCCGUCCCAUCGGAGAAAGAUAUUUCCAGGCUUGAUUCUCUCCGAUAUAAAACCAGCCAAGAGGAUGAAGUUCAAGACUGUCUGCUACCUGCUGGUACAGCUCAUGCAUUGCCGGAAAAUGUUCAAAGCAGAGAUCCCCUUCUCCAAUGUAAUGACCUGCGAGGAUGAUGACAAGCGGAGGGCAUUGAGGACAGCCUCGGAGAAGCUCAGAAACCGUUCGUCUUUCUCUACCAACGUGGUCUACACCACUCCGGGCACACGUGUCAACAGGUACAUUAGCCGUCUUCUUGAAGCCCGCCAGACAGAGCUGGAGAUGGCAGAUCUGAACUUCUUCACCCUGAAGUACAAACACGCUGAACGAGAGCAAAAAUACCACCAGCUUCAGGAUGAGUACUUCACCAGCGCCGUUGUCCUCGCCCUCAUCCUGGCCGCCUUAUUUGGGCUUGUCUACCUUCUGAUAAUUCCACAGAGUGUGGCUGUCCUGCUGCUGCUGGUGUUUUCUAUCUGCUUCUUGGUGGCCUGUAUCCUGUACCUGCACAUCACGCGGGUCCAGUGUUUUCCAGGGUGCCUGACGAUCCAGAUCCGCACUGUUUUGUGUGUAUUCAUAGUGGUCUUAAUCUACUCAGUAGCCCUAGGAUGUGUGGUGGGCUGCCUGCCCUGGGCCUGGAGCUCCCAGUCCAACAGCUCCCUAGUGGUCCUUGCAGCUGGCGGCCGGCGCACUGUGCUGCCUGCCCUGCCCUGUGAGUCUGCGCACCAUGCCCUGCUCUGCUGCCUGGUGGGCACCCUCCCACUAGCCAUAUUCCUGCGGGUGUCCUCCUUGCCAAAGAUGAUCCUGCUGUCCGGGCUGACAACAUCCUACAUCCUUGUUCUGGAGCUCAGUGGAUACACCAAGGUUGGGGGUGGUGCUCUCUCCGGGCGUAGCUAUGAGCCAAUCAUGGCUAUCUUGCUAUUCUCAUGCACACUGGCCCUGCAUGCCAGGCAAGUGGAUGUCAGGCUACGGCUGGACUACCUCUGGGCAGCACAGGCGGAAGAGGAGCGCGAUGACAUGGAGAGAGUGAAGCUGGACAACAAGAGGAUCCUCUUCAACCUCCUGCCGGCCCACGUGGCGCAGCAUUUUCUCAUGUCCAAUCCCCGGAAUAUGGACCUUUAUUACCAGUCCUACUCCCAGGUGGGCGUCAUGUUCGCCUCCAUCCCCAACUUCAAUGACUUCUAUAUUGAGCUGGACGGCAACAAUAUGGGGGUCGAGUGCCUGCGGCUCCUCAACGAAAUCAUUGCCGACUUUGAUGAGCUCAUGGACAAGGACUUUUACAAGGACCUGGAGAAGAUCAAGACCAUUGGGAGCACCUAUAUGGCCGCCGUGGGGCUGGCGCCCACAGCAGGAACCAGAGCUAAGAAGUCCAUCUCUUCCCACCUGAGCACACUGGCAGACUUUGCCAUCGAUAUGUUUGACGUCCUGGAUGAAAUCAACUACCAGUCCUACAACGACUUUGUUCUCCGAGUUGGCAUCAACGUUGGCCCUGUGGUGGCUGGAGUGAUCGGCGCUCGGAGGCCCCAGUACGACAUCUGGGGGAACACAGUCAACGUGGCCAGUCGGAUGGACAGCACUGGGGUCCAGGGCAGAAUCCAGGUGACUGAGGAAGUCCACCGGUUGCUGAAGAGGUGCUCAUACCAGUUUGUGUGCAGAGGCAAAGUCAGCGUCAAGGGCAAGGGAGAGAUGCUCACGUACUUCCUAGAAGGCAGGACUGAAGGAAACAGUUCCCAUGGCAGGACCUUUCGCCUGGAGCGGAGAUUGUGUCCUUAUGGAAGAGGUGGAGGCCAGCCCAGACGGCCCCCACUGUGUCCUGCAGCUGGACUCCCGAUCAGACCGGGGCUUCCCCCAGCCCCCACUAGCCAGCACCUGCCGUCCACAGCAGCAGGGAAGGAAGCCUAGUGGAGCCCAUGGGCCACUGGAGAUGCACGCAACGCAAGAGUGCUCCAGGGUGACACAAGCCACCGUGGCUUCAACCAAGACCAGCCAGAGGAGCAGAGUUGCCAAGCGACUUGGCUGAAGAAGAAGCAUCGUCUAGGUGUGGCCUGAGGCCAAUGGGAGAUGUGCCCAAGCCACCCACUUGGGGCAUACGGAGCCCUGUCUCUUCCUAGUGACCCGGUGAUGCCCGGCUAGUGUUGGCAUAUUGGGACCCUGGGAAUAUCUUCCACGGUCAUAGCAAAAACUAUGAAGGUCCAGCUGGCAGAGGAGCCCACCAUGACCAAGCCUCAAGUCAACCUGGUUUAUGGGUGGCUCCAGCCCUCGCAGGCCCUGGCUUAUGGGUAGUUCCAACCCUGGGUAGCAGUUUCGAGUGCCAGACUGAGAAGUUGGCCCCGCUGGGCAGGGCCAUGACAGUUGAGCUAUUCAUACCACAGGCACAGCUUAGAGCUGGUCAGGUCUUGGACAGGACAGUACAGGAAGAAUUGAAAAGCCACCUCUUACUGCAUGAAGAGUAACGUUGCUGGCUUUCCUCAAGAGUAGGCUUUUGCUAACAGCCAGAGGCAGGUCUUCUGGAAUCCUCUGGGUCCCUACAGCCCCACUUCUAGCCUCCUGGCCUGUGCAUUCUCUUCCAACCCCACCUGCCUGCUGGAUUCUGACUCCCGUGACAGUGGGCCCUCCUCUUCCUGUGCCAUCGCUACGCAUUCAGAGAAGAGGGGUGUAUGCUGACUUGCCUUCUCUGUGGUGUCUUGGACACUGUGAGUGUAACAAGAAUCAAGCCUUCGUUUAUGCUAAGAGUGGUUGACCACGCUACCCACAAGCACUUUCUUUGCUGGAAGACAUCAUUUCUCUGGUAUAACCAUUCCUCUUCUUGGUGGCUUCAGAGUUGGCAGUGUGUGUUCCUGAGUCUUGGGUGUGGUGUUCCUGCUCCAGGGUGAAGGGAAAGAGUGUCCCUGUUGACACGGGGUGGGGUGCGGGGCUCUCCCAUCUAUGCUUCCCUAUGUCUGCAGCUGAGGUGAAAACCGCAAGUGUGGGGGACAGGAGCCUGGAAGAGCUGCUGGGAAGUGACGGGCCAGAAAUAGUUGGAUGAGAUCUGGAGAUACGCAGCCUCAUUCACAGGAAGGGAGGCAGCCUGCAAACAGAGCAGGUGGGCAUAGGCCCUGCCUGCCAUGGCUGUGGAGGCCCAUCUUCUCAUGCUCCCCAAGGGCUUUCCCCCUUCCUAGGGUCCUGUCUUCUUAGACUGAGGCAGAGCAAAGCCCAGCCUGCAGCAGCAGGACGCAUAUGUGGGGUUCCUGGUCCUCAACUCCGCGAUGGCUCAAGUGUGUGACCCUGCCGGGGCCUGGGUAGGUCAGCCAGCUAUCCCUGAAAGACUCAGGUCGCGUGUUGGUAGGAAGAAAGUGUCAAGCAAGGGAGAGCUGGAGGCUCCUGCAGAGUCUCCAAGCAUCUGAGACUGUAGACUGCACUAUAGGCACCCUCGGGUGGGAGUGGGACAGCUGUAAAGACUGCACAUUCUCUCCGCGCUGGCGCCUGUGGUUGAUGCUAAAGGGAGCCUCUGGCACUGUCUGCAGAGGAGCUCUGACCUGUGCCCACCCUGCUUUGUUGCCCUUCUGAUGAUGCCAGGCAAUGUGGCCAUCCUUUGCUGCCUUUCUGACACCCUACUCUGGCUAGACCCCAGAGCGGGGCCCAGACCCACCUCAGCACCCCACUGUAGCCUUCAGGGCUGGCGAGCAGCUCGCUUCACCCUCUUCUGGUGGUCAUGUGUGGUUCCGGGGACUUGGGAUUUGGGAAUAGCAUUGCUGGGGGAUGCUGACUCCAGUAGGGCAGAGGGCAGGGGAGAGUCUUUGCAUUUCUCCCAUGGUCCAGAAUUCCGUCAGAGAUUGCAUUUAUAGGAAAGUUUCAGACUGUUGAAGGGUGGGGCACUGAGGACAGAUUUCCUCUGAGCCAGAACCUGGCUAGGGCAGGCAACUCUCUGUAGCUCCCGCCUCCUGUCUGCUCUCUUGUUUGCCUAACCUUGGUACAAAUAGUUUUUUCCUCAUGGGCUUCGUUUUCACUAGGACUUUCUUACCUAUCUGUCUGUCUGUCUGUCUGUCUUAAUCAGAUUUGAAGCACUCAUCUUAGACAGGAGCACUCAGAGCGAGUGAGUACAUGGCCCUGGUUCUGCGGGCUGUGAUGCUGUCCCCGGCCUUCUAGGUCAUUAAGGAUGGCAGAAACCCUCGAGCAUGGCCUGGGUUUCCUCAGAGUGGCUUCUGGGCCUCCAGAACUGCUGUCUUUCUGGGCUGUCCAGGUAAUGGACAGAGGGGUGGUUCUCAAGGAUGCUCACGUGAUAGCCCCAGGACCUGUGUGUUUGUUCUGUCAGUCAAGAAGCUUCACAGGGGGUCUUAGGGUAGCUGCUGAAGGGUGAGAAACUAUACCUAGACUACACCAGUGGGGUUGGUGCAGACACAUGGACUUUCAGAAGUCGACAGAAGGAUGGACAGGCUGAGAGAGGCACGGAGCACACACUGAGGAGACUCAUGAGGACAGCACAGCUCCAGCCAAGCAAGAAGCCAGGAUGUCACUCCCACAACCACAGGGAACUGAAACUGGCCCUGAGUAAGCAGCAGGCAGAGCAUCAGACCCAUUAGGGAGGAGCCCGGUGACACCCGGAUCUGACCUCUAAGACUCUGAGCAGAGCCAGCUGAGGGCAGUAGCACCGCACUCACACGGAGUGUGCAAAACGGAGGUUCCAUGGGUGCUUGGGCAAAGCUACCCACAGCGUGAUCAGAGCAAGAGAAAGCAACCGUAGAGGGUGACAUUGCCUUCUCUGGGCACAGAACCGUUCUGAAGUAGACUACACAGGAGCCCUGGCUGGGUCUCUUCUUCAGGGGCGACAUCUCCAUCAUCAGCAGUUCCAACCCCGCCUACUUCUUGUGAGGUCAGGAUCCACACCUGCAGCCAUAACGUUCCUCGGGGUUUGGUGAUAAACGGCUUUCUUUUUAUUUGUGAUAAAAAUGUAUUAUAUUGCCUUAUUUAUUUUUAAUCUUGUACAAUAUUCAUGUACAAAUGUUAGAGCCAUUUGGGUAGGAUUCUCUCCAAAUUAUUUAUUUUAAGAUGCUCUGUAAAUAGUGCACCAGUUACAGGUGCUUCCUGUUCACUUGUACCAAAAAUGGAAAAGCCUGGCACCCGUGUCAGCCCCUGCUUGUGAUGCUUUGGCCCUUGGGAAAUGACCCCUUUGUGUUCCCUUCUCAGCCCCAGCAUGCCUCCCGUGCCUGACAUCGUAGAAUAGAACACAGCCCCAGAAUGCUUCCAAAUGCUUCCACGGGCUGUGCCAACCUGGGACGGUCUAUACCUUCAGGUGUGUAUCCCCACACAUCCAGCAACCCAGUUGUUUCUCAGACUCCAAAGCCACCAGGGCUUCCGGACCCCCUUCUGUCAUAGAAGCAAUAACCAUAACUCUAUACCGCAGAGACAAGUUUGGCCCAAGCAGAUUGAUACUUCGGAAUCUACCCGUGCAUGUGAGUUUGCUAUAAAGGACUGGCAUUCCAGAUCCCCACCCCUCCCAGAAGGCCCAGCUCUAGCUUCUUGGUUCCUAGAGCCAGGAUUGGUACCCCAGAUAGCUGAGCAGACUGAGCCAACUGACAGUCCUGGACCCCACGCUAUUACUCACUAAGGGAUAAAGCUUAGGGCAGCCACAUUGUCCUAGAUCUGUACCUCUCCUCGAAUCAUGAUGCUUCGUGUGACAGAGCGUAAUGGUUUCUUUCAGCUGUGUGAGCAUCAAAUAGAAAUAGUCUGUUUCAGCGGUGUGAGCAUCAAAAGGUGGCAUUUCCAGGCACUUGUGGAAUGCCAUUUAAAGAAAACGGUGCCAUAUUCAAGGCUGCACUUCUCACCCUUAUCGGUGCCGUCCUAGUAGGAGAAGAGCUCUGUGUUGGAGCGGGCCAUCCCUGAGCGUAUAAGAGGAAAGGGCUAGGAAGGGAGCCCUGACUAGCAUUGAGGAUUCAGGCUGUGGGCUCAGCUGGCAGAUGUGAUUAGCCUCUAGAGGCUUCACAUUUUAUUUAUGUGCAAUCUGAAGGACACUUGUGCCAUAACAAGCACCGACAGCAACCCGCAGAGGCUGUGUGAAUGGCUGGCUUCAGUGGACUGGGUAUGAGGCGAGCAGUUUGGAUUGCAGAAUUAGGGAAGGUUUCAUUUCAGUCUCCCAGCCAUCACCAUUUUCAACAAGGUAAGUUCUAGGGCUCCCCACGUCACAGGUAUCUUAUUCCCAGCCCGUACAGAGCUUCAGUCAGUGGGCGUUGGGGGUGGGGGUUACAGAGCAAGUGUGUGCCUUUCACAGCAAGCAAGCAGUGGCAGGGAAAGAACGUUCCUACAUAUCCUGCUCUCGCAUCAGCACCACGAGAGGCUGCAGAAGCGACGCUGAUGUAUUACUCUCUUAAAUGGCUAUACAUAUGUGACCCCCAGAAACAGACUUGCUCAUGCUUUUCAGUGGCUCCACUUUUAGUGUGCUCUCCCAUGCACACAUGUAUGUGCAUGUGCACACACAGGCAUAUAUAAACAUAGCAAAAAACAAACCCUUCUCCUCCCAGGUGUUUGGCUAAUAAGGAACAAAUCUGGCAGCUUGAUUGUUAUGUGGGCCCUGAAGCAUCUUGCUUCUCCGACUGUCAUUGGCUUUGAAUGUUUCCAUUUUUGGAUUUGAACCAAUAGUUCCUCAUUUUCAUUUACAACUGCAGGCUUGGACAUAGGUUGAUGAGUAAAAAUGUGUGUGGGGGGGGGUCAGUGUGUGUGUGUGCUUGCUUUGGGAUGUUCACAGCUGGCAGGAUGAAUAUGGAUGUGCUUUGGCACUAAGCAACUCCUGGUGCCUAUUUGGUCAGCUGGUACCACAUGAGACCAGUGUGGAUCUAGAGUCACAAGGCCUAGAAUCCAGGAACCUUCCUAGGUGCCUGGGAAGGCAGAGGGUGUGAGGCCUGGUCAGAGGAUCUCCGCCUGGAGGGUAGGGAGAGAGUAGAACUGAAGGGCAUGUUCAGGAAGGCUUCUGCAGCUCACUGGAAGGAGAAUUCUGGAGAGUUUGAUUUCCACAUCUGGAUGAUCUGUGGUAGAAGAGAGUGAGCGGUCCUUACUGCACUAGUUCAGCAGAGGCUGCUGUACUAGCCUCUUCAGGCCCGGGUGCGUUGAGGCAAUCUGCUGCUCCCAUUUCUUUUGUUUUGAUGGUUUGAGGGUUAGGGCCCAUGCAGGAUACUGUGCAGAGAGAUGCCAGGGGGAGUGUCCAUCAGAACUCUGAGGGAGGAGCAAAGUGGUACAUGAGCCCUUCCCUCAAGUUAUAGGAGCUGACGUGGGGGCCACGUCUACCACCUGUUGUGCCAGCUGCUGCCUGUCUGGCUUGUACAGUGGGAAGAACAAGACUCAGGAGGCUAUCUUGGGCUGUGAUUCAGAAGUGACUGGGGAAAAAAAAAUGUCUUAAAACUCAGAAAAUUGACCAGAGUUGUGCCACAUCCCUCCUGACAAGUGUUGGGUUGUUUAAAAUCUAACGAAUGUACUGCGCUUUCUUCAACAUGUUACUAGAUCUGCUAAGUCCACGGUCAACCACAGGGAGGGCGAUCAUCCUUGCAUCGUCUAUUACCAUCUUUGGGGGGGCUUUCAUAUGAUGGUAAAUUGAUCGAACACUCAUUACUAGUAUUCCCGUCUAGUUUGGCAAUUCCUGGAUACCUUCUGUGGGCUUUUCAUUCAUGAACAGCCUGUGGAAGAACUGGUAGGAUAAUCCCCAACGCAUGUUGUUCUGAGGCUGCAUGCAGAGAGGGAGGGGCCAUGCCUCAAUUCCUCAUCUGUUUUGGCCAGCCUGUGUGUUUCCUCUUACAGUUAGGUUCUCUGCUAAGCAAACUGAAAUCUGUAAGAACUGGGUUGCUGUCAAUGUGACUGACCGUACAACAAUGCUUACUGUGGUGCAGGGAACCUCGUGGAGGCUGGUCCCUUGUGGGCAAGGCUUGCUUACACCCCAUAUUUGGAGCAUGUGGCCGAGUGCUGUUUGGUUCUGUAGUCCUUGGCUUCUUGUUGCUAAAUUAGAGCCAUCCGGUUCCUUUCACAUCGGUUGCAUUCCUCCAAGGUUACAGACACCCAGUAAGAAGUUAGAUGCCUCGCUUGAGCGAGCCUUGUUUUGUAGCCCUCGAAAUUCUACAACUUUCUGAAACACAAACUGUCAUUGUGUUUAGUGAGAAUCUUCUCGAAACACUCUUUGCUGCAGAGCCCAAGCCCCUCUCCUGUAUUCCUCCUCUGCACAGCCAGCCCGGCUCCAGUUACAGCUCUUACCUUCAACGCUCUACAGCCAUUUCUGUCACAUGCUUCUGGCAGGCACGGCACUGAGAAUGCCUGCCGAGGGAUUAAAGGGACGCUUAGAGAAGGUUCCCCAGGCUUGUAAAGAAAGCAGUGAAGGGACUAUGAUGGAUGGCAGAAAGUAUGUCAGUCUCCCGAGUACAGGAGCCCCACAUGCCUUCUAAGUGUGACCUGCCGAUGCCAGGCGACGUCCACGUCAGAUACAUCAGUUUCCAAACACAUCCAUGCGCUUUCUGAGAAUGAGCGUUUCAGUGGAGAUGCUCUCUGAGACUGGUUCCAGAAAUCUCUUAGGCAAGGACAGUUGCAGGCCACUCCAUCUGCCUGUGGGUGAUGCCGCCAUCCCCCGUGGCACUGCAGUGGGAAGUGGGCCUGACAGCAGCCAGAACUUGUCUCUUACCUCCCACCAGCAGCCUCCACUCGGCCCCAGGCCCAUGAAGCACAAGUCUCAGGAGACUGUUCCCAUCCUGUGGGGACCCCAAGGAAGCCCCCGGCAUCUCUGGGGGCACAACUGGCCACCAGGAGCACACAUGCCUGGGAAGGAGGGGCUUGUUCCGUUGCCUUCACCCCUGUUAAAAUCUAGUAUAUGCAAGCCACUUGCACUUUGGAAUUGCAUGCCAUGAAAUUCCUAAUUGUAUGCACCUUAGUUUCAAUUUGACAUUAUGUCGCAUGCCCGAAAGAAGGGAUGGCUUGGGCUUGUCUUCAGGUCACCUCUACUGCUUCUUGGGAGCACACAGUGUUCCCCUCUGCCAAUCAAUUCCACAACCCAUGUGACUCCGGCAUUUACUGUCCACCCUCUCCCGUCAGCCCGUGCUCCCUUUCCCACCAUCCUCUCACGUAAGCUGAUUGCUCACCAGUUUGCACAAAUGGGAAUGUCAUUAUGAUCAUAUCUUAGCAGUAAUCACAUCUCGAUUUCAAGUAUAAGCCCCAAAAUCCACUUCUGUAUGUCCUUACUUAAAAAAAAAAAAAAAAGGCAUGUAAGCACCUGUGUCCUGUGUUUAUCAAGAAAGCUUCGAGUCCCUUAGUGGGAUGAAGGGUGCAUGGACAAAGGGGGCAUUUUCUCCCACACAGACUCACCAGAUGCGUCCGUAGCUGAGAGAGCGCGAUGAUUAUAGUCACAAUAACUCAAUAUCACUGGGUAACCUCUCACAAUAGAUUUGUAUAAUCAAUACGGGUCUAUUUUUAUGUCAACUCUGUAGAGCACCUUCCAGUCUUUUUCAAGAUUGUUAAACGGAGACAAGUAAUUGAAUAAUUUGCCCUAUUUUUAUUUAAAACGUGGAUGAACUGAAAUGUGAAUGUGAAUGUACAUUUCUUAAUCGCAACUUUUCUACUCAGUGUUUGCACUAUACUCUCUGGAGUCUUAUUUAACAAAAAUAAAAGAGAAAAAUUGCUUGACUAAA